AUGGAUGGACGUGGCCAGCAGGUGGAUGCCACGCCUGAUGAUAACAAUAACAUGUCUCCGGACAUGUGGCGGACCAUUUGCCAGUCCUGCGAGAAAUUUGGAGGCAACAUCGCCUACGCUACAAGUGCUGGGCCUGUAACCUACAGGGAGGUUUUGGAGAAGGUGCAAUGCCUCAGCGUUUCCUUGGGACAAAUGCUCUCGGAGUUCGACUUCGAGCAAUGCCAGCCAUCAUUCUCAGUGCUGAUGCCGAACUGCCCCACGCACGUGGACCUCUUUUUGGCAGCGGCUGCGACACGAGCCAAGAUGGUGUGCCUGAACCACCGGCUGAAGCUGGAAGAGCUUCAGGUACUUUUCGAACGUGGAACCAGUCGUCUCCUUAUCGCGAACAGCAGCUUUGGCGCUCUCCUUGGCCAGGUUGCUUGGGCAAGCGCCAAGAUUCAAGCAAUCGCCUGGGUGUUUGAAACUCCCGGAGCGUUUAGCGAUCCACACCUCGAGCAGCUUUCCCUCACGGAGCUCUACCGUGGUGAUGGCACGACCUUCCAGGCAACCCCUGUGAAGGAGGACACGCAGCUCCAAGGAUUCUUUACCUCCGGCACCACCGGCGUGCCCAAGAGUGUGUCUCACACCCACAGGAAUGUCCAUUACCACAGCCUGAGUACGAUCAGGGCGCUGAACCUCAAAGAGAACGAUUCGGAUGUCUGGGGCCACUUCGGGCCGCUCUUCCACGUUGGAACACCGGCCUUUGUGUGGAUCAGCGUCAUGCUCGGCGCGCGCCAGGUCUUCCAUGAGAAUCAAUUCCAGUUCAUGGAAGUUGCAGCGAUGAUGGCAGACGACAGGGUGAGCAUUGUGAAGUUGAUGCCAACGAUCCUGAAGUACCUGCUCUCGGCGGAAAAGACUCGAAGCAUGCGCUUCGAUAACCUCAAGUGGGUCCUUACAGGAGGCAUGAAGCCCACGGCUGAUGUGAUCAAGCUGACGAAGGAGGUGUUUGGCUGCCAGUUCAUCCAAGGCUAUGGCAUGACAGAAGCUACAGUCCACUGCUCCUUCAAAAAUGAGUCGUUGGAGCCCAUGGAGGACGGGAUGACGGUGCUGCCAGGCCUCGACCUACGAGUCUUAAACGAAGCGGACGAGGAGGUCUCGGCCGGAACAGUGGGAGAGAUCAGUAUCCGGGGGCCGACCGUCUUUGCGGGCUACGACAACAAUGUCGAGGCCAACGCCAAGGCAUUCACGGCUUCAGGCUUCUUCCGCUCCGGAGACUUGGGUUAUAAGAACGAGAAGGGCCAGCUGUACAUUAGCGGUCGCUCCAAGGACAUGAUCAUCGUCGGCGGAGAAAACGUCUUUGCCGUGGAGGUGGAACAGGUGAUUCAGAGGAUUCCUGGCAUCCUUCGCUCGGCGGUGUUCGGAGGCCCCGACGAAGCGCUAGGGGAGGUUGUCCACGCUGCCCUCAUGCUGGAUCCGCAUGGCCCGCUCCUGAACCUUCGUGAUGAUGAGAUCGAGCAGAAGCUCUGCAGGACUUGCGCCGACAGCCUUGCGGCGUAUAAGGUCCCUGUCGCCGUCCACGUCUGGCGACAGGAGGAGUUCCCCAUGACGGGCUCAGGGAAGCCCAAGAAGCAAAAGAUCCGAGAGCAAUGCUUGGCACAGCACGAGGAUAAGCCGGCCGUUCACCUCUUUGCCUCGAAGGAAGCAGCGGUCCUUGGGGCAGUCGCCUCGGUCCUGGGUCGUGAUGUCACCGAUGAAGACUAUGACGUGCCGUUCAUGGACCUGAACAUGGCCUCCAUGGAGUUCACAAGAGUGAUCAACCUCCUGGCGGGCACUUUGCAGGGUGGGCUGUCGCCGACUUUGCUCUUCGAGAACGACUGCCUCGCCGACCUGCUGCAGUACAUCGAAAGUCGCGAGGAUCUGGUUCUGGUCCAGGACAGGGGGGACACUGAGCCCCCUCCGGACCUUUUGCAGCUUGCGGCCAUGGACGAACAGCCGGAGAACAAGUGGGGACAGUGGAAUCCGAUCUGCUUGGUCUUGCAACUCUUGUCGCUGAUUGUGCGCCCUCUCGUCCUUACCGCACCGGUGAUCUUCGUCGCUUGGGCAGGCUUGUUGUGGAUGGACUUGAUGGAGAACCACUACUUCUGCCCGGACUGCUAUUGGACGCUGAUCUUCCUUCCAUUGAUAUACCCUAUCUCGAUUCUGCUCCUUCUGUGCGUUGCAGUCGUCUUCAAGUGGCUCCUCAUCGGGCAAGUCCGACCGGGGGUCAUACCACUUUGGUCGCCAUCCUACUACAGGUGGCUGACCGUGUACAACUUGUUUCAGAGCUUGGAUGGAUUCCUGGCCAUGUUCAGAGGAACACCGAUACUGAUCUUCUUUUGCAACCGUUGUGGCGCCCACAUCUCCUACGAGGCCGAGCUACACACGUCGAACCUGACCGAUUUGGACCUUCUCCGAAUCCGACACGGUGCAGUAGUCGACCGUGCCUGCAACAUUCAACCCGGCCAUGUAACCAUGGCAAAGGGAGGGCACGUGAUCCUCGGGCGGGUGGUCAUCGAAAGGGACUGCUACGUGGGCUAUGGCGCUACGAUCGCUCCGACCGUCACACUGGAACCUGGUAGUCAGGUGCGGCCGUUGCAGGCAGUGUCAGCGUCACAGCCCAUGCGGGCUUCUCCUGCUGCGGAAGGUGAGAGCCUGAAGAAGAAGUUUUUGAGCCCUCCAUGGGAUUUCUUGGCGGGCUGCGUGCUGUAUUACAUUGCAAGCAGCCUCGUCGUUCUGUCAGUGACGGCCGGCGCGGCUGUGAUGAGCCAUCUUCCCGUGAGCUCGCUCUCCCACAUCGUGGUCCUGCUGCCCCUCUGGGCCGAAGGAGUUACGGGCACGACGACCCUUCGAGAAACAGGUGAAUUCGACGUAGUCUUUUGGACGAUUCUUCCUGCUGUCAUCUUUUAUGUCGUCCCGCAGGCGUACUUCGUGGGUGUCGUGCUGCUGAAGCACUUGAUCGUGGGCUAUACAACCGAGACCGCAGACCGCAGCAGCCGCGUGUGGAAGCAGUGGCUCUACAUAGUGCUGAUUGACUGCCCCUUAUUCCGUCUCGCCACACAGCUCACAGUGAUGAGCCACAUCACAAAGCUCCAGUUCCGACUCCUUGGCUGUUGCAUCGGAAGUCGAGCCUACUUCUGUGCACCUUUCAUCCCAGAUCCCGAGCUCGUGGAGAUCGGUGACGAUUGCAUCGUCGCAGGAAAUGUCGCCCUUUUGACAACGUCCUUGGACCACAGCGAUUCCCAGAGCAUCCGGCUGAAGUCCAAGGCCAUUGUCGCGAACACCGUCGUGCUGGGCCCUGGUGUCCGCAUCGACGAGCACUCGAUAGUGGGAGACGGCGUCUGUGUGCCCGCCGGCAAGGAGCUGCCAGAGAGGAUGGUCGCCGUCCGAGACAACUCAGACGUCAUGGCGUACAUCUUGAUGAAGCGAUCGUCAGUGUCCACACCUCCUCCGGCCUCUUUUCUGGAGUACACCUUCUUCCAGGUUUUGCUUUUCAUCCUCCAGCUCUUCCUCUGUGUGGGCUUGCAUGUGCCGGGUUACAUCGCCGCCGGCUUCAUAGCAGAUGCAAUGUCCGCGGUGAUGCCGGUCGAAGUUGGCACUUGGCCUUUCAUCCCGGUCUUGAUGCUGGUCAUCAUGACGUCGAAGAUCUUGCUCAUCCCGGUCGCCAAGUGGCUCAUUGCGUGCCGGUUCCGUCCUCGAGAAGUUCCGCUCUUCGGGUUCCGGUACGUGAUCUGGAUCGCCUUCGAAGCCGUCCUCUUCGAUGCAGACGUCUUCUUCCUGCAGUCCUUGUGCGGCACCACCUUCCUCGCGAUCUGGUACCGGCUGAUGGGUGCACGGGUGGGCAGCAACGUUUGCAUCAUGGGCUCGUCCGUGGGCUGCGAGUACGACCUCAAGCAUGUGGGCAACAACAGCGUGGUGAAUCACUCCUCCCUACUUUUCUCGCACUCCGUGGAGAAAGGCACGCUAAUCUUUCGCCGCACCUACUUGGAGAAUCGGUCCGAGCUGGGCAUCAACUGUGUAGCCGAGGCCGGGGCACGCGUGAAGAUCUCCAGCACCCUCCUGAACGGUCAGGUGGCGCACAACGCCGACGUGGACGAGGAGAAGGAGAGCUCCAAGGGACGGAAGAACAUGCGCAUGCACUCUGACAUCGUCGGGACCAACCCUGCAAUGGCCGAGGUCACCGAUUCCCUUCACCGCGGCUACCGGGCCGUCCGCAAUCGCCAAGCAAACGAGCGAGCGAAGGGGAUCAGCAGUGCUUUCCAGCAGACCUGUAGCAUCGGCCCUGGCUACUACCUCCCACAGCGCAUGAGCUGCCGCUCGCAGGAGGCCCAUGCAGUCAAAGCCGGUCGGAUCCAUGAGGUGUGCAUGAACCUCGACGACUUUGAGCAUUAUGCUCGAGAUAUGAUCGCCGGCCCCUGCUUUGAGUACUACAAGGGCGGGGCCACCGACGAGUGGACCUUGAAGGAGAAUCGUUCUGCUUUCGAGAAGUAUCGCAUCAUUCCCAGGGUACUCAUCCCGGUCACGAACGUUGACAUGCGGUGCUCUUUCUUCGGAAUUGAUUGCCGCUUCCCAGUGAUGAUCGCGCCGUCCGCGAUGCACGGCCAGGCACACCCGGAUGCCGAGAAAGCGACGGCGCGGGCUGCAGUUCGUGCGGGCUCCGCGUUCACGCUCUCCUCCCUGAGCAACAUGUCCAUGGAGGACGUUGCCAACGCCGUGCCAACUGACCACGACGGCCGCCCGAAAGGCCUAAUGUUUCAGCUCUAUGUCUUCAAGCGUCGUGACAUCACCGAGCUCAUCGUCAAGAAAGCCGAAGCCCUGGGCUACAAAGCUUUGUGUCUCACAGUCGAUGCCCCCAUCACCGGUCGUCGGGAGCGCGACAUCCGUACAGGAUAUGCUACAUCGGACGCCAUGGGACAGCUCCCGAACAUCACGAUGUUGGGAAAUGUCGUGAACCAGCAGCUUGUGGAGUUCGAAGCACAGAAGGACCUCACCCUCGAUUGGAGCAUUAUUGCCUGGCUCAAGUCCGUUUGCAACCUUCCCAUCAUUGCUAAGGGAGUCAUGCACCCACUGGAUGCUAGGGAGGCGAUCAAAGCAGGAGCUGCAGCCAUCGUCGUGUCCAACCACGGAGGCCGGCAGCUAGACUCCGUCCCGGCCACGAUUGAUGUGCUGCCCGCUAUCGCCGAGGAAGUUCGGGGUCAGAUCCCCGUCUUCAUCGACGGUGGGUUUCGGCGCGGCACCGACGUUUUCAAGGCUAUUGGGCUCGGUGCGAGUGCAGUCAUGUUCGCACGUCCUGCUGUGUAUGCCCUAGCUGUCGGGGGCGAGCAGGGCGUCUCACGAAUGAUGCGGCUGCUCUACGAUGAGCUUGAAACCACGAUGAAGCUGGCCGGUUGUACCAGUCUUUCGCAGAUCCGGUUGCGCAUCCUCGGAUCCGCAGCUGGCCAGGGGUUCCCGUCAUCGCAUAUUUAG